AUGUCCAGGAACAACAUCAAACAAGUGUCAGUGCUGCUCCUGGCUGUGUGGGCUCUGCUCAUGGUGUUGGUGUGUGUGGAGCUGCGUGGCAGUGACAGGGCGAGCGCGGCGCCCAUCUGUGUCCACGGCCAGGCGGGGUGCCACUUCCUCUCCCUGGCAGACCUCUUUGACCGGGUCAUCCAGCACAGUGCCAGGAUGCACAGCAUCUCCAGUGACCUGCACUCUGAAUUCGAACAAUAUGUUCUGCCAAGCAGAAAUCAUAUUGGCAGGAUAAACCGCCACUGCCAUACAGCCACCAUACUAACCCCUAAUGGCAAAGAGAACGCGCAGAGACUGGCUAGAGAGGAGUUAACGGAGGUGAUUCUGAAGCUGCUGGUAGCAUGGAAGGAUCCUCUGUGGCAGUUCCACCAGAACAUGGUUCACCAGGAUGACUUCAACAACUUCAGCUCCAACAAAGCACUGGAGAUGAGCUACAUGGUGCACGAGCUCCGCAAGGGAGUCGAGAAGGUGGCUGAUAAGAUGCAGCACCUGGGGAUGAUCAGUAACUCCCUGAGUGGCCUGUCCUCCCCUGAGGCCUUGGACCCCUCGUCAGACACCAGCGGAGAGUCCCAGGCCAUGAGCGACCACGACCUACUCUACUGCUUCAGACGGGACUCCAACAAGGUCCAGAACUAUCUGAAGAUCCUCAAGUGCAGGAUCGUACCUGAGAACGGAUGCUGAGAUGUGAAGACAAGACAAGAGGCGUGACUUUCACAAGCUACCGUGUCAAUCAAGGAAAUCAAGGACACAUCAUGAAUAGACACGAUGAUAAGACCGGGAGAAGAGACUGGGACUGUGGCACUUUCCUCCUCCUGACAAGUCCAACGAUAACUUCCACCAGCGACAACAUCUUAAUGUCUUCUAUGUACUGUAUUUAUGUCAUGUCACAGAGAAAUAUAGUACAGAUGUACGAUCUUAAUCUGAUCACCCUGUUGCAGGAGAACUUUCCUGCAAUGCAGUCCAUUUAAACAUGUAGUGUAUUUGAGGUUUCAAAAAGGCUUCUAAAGUUCGUCAUUUUCACUUUGAAAUUUCAGACUUGAUUUUCCCUAACGACAAAUGUGUCAAGCCAUACAAAAAAUAUCAUGAAUUAUAAUCCACGUAAUAAUUCACAUUUACUUUGCUGCAGGAUUAUUUUCCUGCUGUAGAAAACUGGCUCAAAUUAAAUCCUACACCUGUAUGUAACUUAUCUUGAUGAUGAAAACUUGAAUUUUCCCUCAGAGUUUGGGGGGCAGAGCCACUGGAGUAGAAUAUCAUAAAUACUGCCAUGACCAUAUCACCUUUAGGUUUAGAGUACAUGCAUGUUUCAUAUAAUUAAUCCAUUUCAUGUUUUAAAUGUACAGUUUCAAGAGGGAGAUGGGCUGUAACUCAGAAAGAAAUUCAUGGAAAUUAACUAAUGUUGUUUAUUUUUUAUUUCUAAGACCAACUAGACAUGAAAUGUUCUUUCAAAUAAAUACAUUGUGACAAAAUC